AUGUCCAUCCCGACCAUCGACCUGCGCAAAGCUGGGGAUCUGACCACACGAACCGAACUCCUCCAAGACCUGCGCCAUGCGUUGUUCGAAGUCGGCUUCCUGUACCUCUCCGGCCACGGCAUUCGGGAGUCGAUCGUCCAGGACCUCGUGGACGCCCUGCCUCGUCUCUUCGCCCUGCCGGACCCCGUCAAGGACUCGGUCGCCCUCGUCAACUCGCCGCAUUUCCUGGGUUACAGCAAGUUUGGGUCCGAGGUCACGGCGCGGGUGAAGGAUCAGAGGGAGCAGUUUGAGUUUGCCAACGAGUUGCCGGACCGGUAUGGUGUGGUGUCGUCGCAGCCUCUGUAUAUUCGACUUCAAGGCCCGAAUCAGUGGCUUGAUGAGUCGGCAAACGACACGGUGCCUCGGUUCCGCGAGAUUAUCGAGUUGUACAUCGCGGCCAUGCACGAUCUCGCCCUGAGGUUCCUCGAGCUGGUCACAGAGGCGCUCGACUUGCCGCCGCACCGUCUCGAGCCGUUCACGGGGCCGCAAGACCGGCUCAAGCUCGUGCAUUACCGUCCUACCUCGUCUCCGUCCGCAGAUGCGACGGCAGAGUCUCUUUCCGCCACGCAGGGCGUCGGCCCCCACAAGGACAGUUCCGGCUGGAUGACGUUCCUGCUGCAGGCGUCGGACCCGUCGAUCCCGGGCCUCCAGGUCCUGUCCAAGGACGGGGAGUGGCUGGACGCGCCGCCCGUGCCCGGCACGCUGGUGGUCAACAUGGGCCAGGCCUUUGAGGUGGUGACCAAUGGCAUCUGCAAGGCCACGACGCACCGCGUCCUCCUCCCGCCCGGCGACUACGACCGCUACAGCGUCCCCUUUUUCCAGGGCGUGCGGCCGGACCUGUCCAAGUCGGACCUCAAGGCCCUGUGGGACCACUUUGCCGCGGCCGAGACCUUGACAGCCGGCAGGGAGUCCGCGGAGGGUCAGCAGAUCGACAGCCCCUUUCUCAGAGGCCGCUACGAUACUUGGGGAGAGGCGCAGCUCAGGACAAAGAUUCGCAGUCACAGGGACGUGGGCGCGAGGUGGUACGCCGACGUCUUUGACAAGUAUGUCAAUGACGAUUGA